AUGUUAGCUGUUCAAAUACUUGUAUUUUCUCUUGACUUUAAUCAACAGGGAUGCGCCUUAGGAAGCAGCAGUGGACCCAUACGGGAUGUUUACAAAGAUGGUCAAGGAUUCGCACCAAAUGAAUACGUUCUUUUCAUCUCAAGUGAUAAUGUAAAAGCUUGUUUAUCCGGUACAACAUUGGCCUAUGCUGGUCCGUGUGAAAUGCAUCCCACAACUGACAG